UCUCCAUCGUGUAUCUUUCGAGGGUUAGGGUUUACAGAUUUGGAAAUCGGGAAAGAUGAUCGAAGUAGUGUUGAACGAUCGGCUCGGGAAGAAGAUCAGGGUGAAGUGCAAUGAAGAUGACACGAUCGGCGACCUGAAGAAGCUGGUGGCGGCGCAGACGGGAACAAGGGCGGAGAAGAUCCGGAUCCAGAAGUGGUACAACAUCUACAAGGAUCACAUCACCCUCAAGGACUACGAGAUCCACGACGGAAUGGGUCUCGAGCUUUAUUACAAUUGAAAUCCACCACUUAUCUAUGUAAUUCAUGCUUAUUAGGUUCACUGCCUACUUUUUUAUCUUAUUAGGGUCUCUGUCUACUCUUUUAUGUAAUUCUGGCUUUUAAUUCUAUAAUUACUGGAUUUCAAUCCUGGUUGUGUUCUUAAGAUAUCCAUGAUUCUCGACAGUUUUAUUUUAAGUA